GGGAAGCCCCGGCCUGGAACAUCCUUUUCAUCGUCAAAUCUUUUCUUUUGGUGACACUGGUUCCGUCCCACACUCAUUCACCCUAAUCGCGGGAGUAGUGGGAUCGUAGUCUACAACAUUUUCGUGUUCACUUUCGUUUUUUAUUUUCCUCCAUAACUGCUACGUUCGCCGUCGUUGAGAUAUUCUUAGCAAUGUUUAGAUUUAUACUGUUCGCAUUGCUCGCCGGUGCAGUGCAGGCCAGUGAUGUUCUCGAGUACACCGAUGACGAUUUUGAGAGUCGUGUUGGAGAACAUGAUAUGAUUUUAGUCGAGUUCUUUGCACCUUGGUGUGGUCAUUGUAAGCGUCUUGCUCCCGAGUAUGAAUCUGCUGCUACUCGACUAAAAGGAAUUGUUCCUCUUGCAAAGGUUGACUGUACUGCCAGCACUAAUGUCUGUAACAAGUAUGGGGUGAGUGGCUACCCGACAUUGAAAAUCUUCAGAGAUGGAGAAGACUCUGGAAGCUAUGAUGGCCCCCGAACAGCAGAUGGUAUUGUAAGCCACCUCAAGAAGCAGGCAGGUCCUGCCUCAGUGGAACUCAAGACCGUGGCAGACUUUGAGAAGUUUGUGGGAGAUAAAGAUGCCAGUGUUGUUGGCUUUUUUGCGGAUGGAGGAAGUAGUGCCCAGUCUGAGUUUCUCAAAUCUGCCAACUCUUUACGUGAGUCUUUUCGCUUUGCCCACACUAACAACGAGGAGCUUCUGCAAAAACAUGAUAUUGAUGGACAGGGCAUAAUACUAUUCCGACCACCACACCUCAACAAUAAGUUUGAGGAGAAUACCGUUAUGUUUGGUGAGGAGAAGUAUACCAGUGGAAAAAUCAAGAAAUUCAUUCAGGACAAUAUCUUUGGCCUAUGCCCUCAUAUGACUGAAGACAACAAAGAUCAGCUGAAAGGAAAGGAUCUUCUGGUUGCUUAUUAUGAUGUAGACUAUGAGAAGAAUGCAAAGGGUUCCAAUUAUUGGAGGAAUAGGGUUAUGAAAGUAGCAAAGAUCUUCAUUGAUCAAGGAAAGAACUUAAACUUUGCUGUGGCCAACAAGAACACAUUUGGCCAAGAUCUAUCAGAAUUUGGCCUAGACAGCACCCCGGGCGAACUACCAGUUGUGGGGAUCAAGACGUUAAAGGGUGAAAAAUAUGUCAUGCAGGAAGAAUUUUCACGAGAUGGAAAAGCACUCGAACGCUUCUUGGAAGAUUAUUUUGAUGGAAAGCUAAAACAUUACCUCAAAUCUGAACCUAUUCCAGAGAACAAUGAUGGCCCUGUAAAGGUAGUAGUAGCUGAGACCUUUGAGGAAAUUGUAAAUGAUGAUGACAAGGAUGUACUUAUCGAAUUCUAUGCACCUUGGUGUGGCCAUUGCAAGAGUCUGGAACCAAAAUAUACUGAACUUGGAGAAAAACUUGCAAAUGACCCUAAUGUAGUUAUUGCCAAAAUGGAUGCCACAGCCAAUGAUGUACCUUCUCCUUAUGAAGUUCGUGGCUUUCCCACAAUUUUCUUUGCCCCUGCUGGAAAGAAGCAAACUCCAAAGAAAUAUGAGGGUGCCCGUGAAGUAAGUGACUUCAUUAGCUAUCUGAAGAAGGAGGCAUCAAAUCCCUUAGUGUUAAAAGAAGAGGAGAAAUCAAAAAAGAAGAAAAAGAAGACUGAAUUGUAAAUCAAGAGCACGAGAGAAGAAAAUGAACACAUUUCUUAAUUAAAAGCAAUCUAUAGAGUAUUGUCAAAUGUUUUACACACGUGAUCUUGAGCAGUCCUGCUAUGGACAUAUUGUGUCAUGAGCACUGAGAUGGUUAUGUGAAGAGGGAUC